AAGGGGAGCUGGGCUGGAUCUCCUACCCAUCACAUGGGUGGGAAGAGAUUAGUGGUGUUGAUGAGCAUUAUACUCCAAUCAGAACUUACCAAGUGUGCAAUGUUAUGGAUCAUAGUCAAAACAAUUGGCUGCGAACAAACUGGAUUCCACGCAAUUCAGCUCAGAAGAUAUAUGUGGAGCUCAAAUUUACCUUGAGGGACUGUAAUAGUAUCCCUCUAGUUCUGGGCACUUGCAAAGAGACCUUCAAUCUGUAUUAUAUGGAGUCCGAUGAUGACCAUUUGGUAAAGUUCAGAGAGCAUCAGUUUACAAAGAUCGACACUAUUGCGGCUGAUGAGAGCUUCACCCAAAUGGAUCUUGGGGACCGAAUCCUCAAGCUCAAUACGGAAGUCCGCGAGGUGGGACCUGUCAGCAGGAAAGGCUUUUACUUGGCUUUUCAAGAUGUAGGUGCGUGUGUUGCCUUAGUCUCGGUGCGAGUGUACUUCAAAAAGUGCCCUUUCACUGUCAAGAACCUCGCCAUGUUUCCAGAUACGGUACCCAUGGACUCCCAGUCACUGGUGGAGGUGCGGGGUUCUUGUGUCAAUCAUUCCAAGGAGGAAGAGCCACCCAAGAUGUAUUGCAGUACAGAAGGAGAAUGGCUAGUGCCCAUAGGGAAGUGCUUGUGUAAUGCUGGCUAUGAAGAAAGAGGCUUUGCGUGCCAAGCUUGUCGACCUGGGUUCUACAAAGCCUCUGCCGGCAAUGUGAAGUGUGCCAAGUGCCCACCUCACAGCUCUACCUACGAAGAUGCAUCUCUGAACUGCAGGUGUGAAAAGAAUUACUUUCGCUCUGAGAAAGACCCUCCAUCCAUGGCUUGCACCAGACCACCAUCUGCUCCAAGAAACGUUAUCUCUAACAUCAACGAGACGUCUGUUAUCCUGGACUGGAGCUGGCCUCUCGACACUGGCGGUCGGAAAGAUGUCGCUUUCAACAUCAUUUGCAAAAAAUGUGGAGGAAACAUCAAGAUGUGUGAGCCGUGUAGCGACAAUGUGCGGUUCUUACCCCGUCAGACUGGACUCACCAACACCACGGUGACAGUAGUGGACCUUUUGGCACAUACCAAUUACACUUUUGAGAUUGAUGCAGUCAACGGGGUAUCUGACUUGAGUACGCUUUCCAGACAAUUUGCCGCUGUCAGCAUCACAACUAAUCAGGCUGCUCCAUCCCCCGUCACAGUCAUAAGGAAGGACAGGACAUCCAGGAACAGCGUGUCUCUGUCUUGGCAAGAACCCGAACAUCCGAAUGGGAUCAUCUUGGACUACGAGGUCAAAUACUAUGAAAAGCAGGAACAAGAGACAAGCUAUACUAUUCUGAGAGCCAAAGGCACCAAUGUUACCAUCAGUGGCCUCAAACCUGAUACCACCUAUGUCUUCCAAAUUCGAGCCCGAACUGCAGCUGGAUAUGGGACAAACAGCCGCAAGUUUGAAUUUGAAACCAGUCCAGAUUCAUUCUCCAUUUCCAGUGAGAAUAGCCAGGUCGUAAUGAUUGCCAUUUCAGCGGCGGUAGCAAUUAUUCUCCUCACAGUUGUGGUGUACAUCCUGAUUGGGAGAUUCUGUGGAUACAAGAAGUCUAAACAUGGCACUGAUGAGAAAAGACUACAUUUUGGGAAUGGCCAUCUAAAACUCCCAGGCCUGAGAACUUACGUAGAUCCGCAUACAUAUGAGGACCCCAAUCAAGCUGUGCAUGAAUUUGCCAAGGAACUAGAUGCUUCUAAUAUAUCCAUUGAUAAAGUAGUUGGAGCAGGGGAAUUUGGAGAAGUGUGCAGUGGGCGCCUAAAGCUGCCUUCUAAAAAGGAAAUUUCAGUGGCUAUCAAAACCCUGAAAGUUGGCUACACAGAAAAACAGAGGAGGGACUUCCUGGGAGAAGCAAGCAUCAUGGGACAGUUUGACCACCCUAAUAUCAUUCGAUUAGAGGGAGUCGUCACUAAAAGUAAACCCGUUAUGAUUGUUACUGAAUAUAUGGAAAAUGGUUCUUUGGACAGCUUCCUACGGAAACAUGAUGCCCAGUUCACAGUCAUCCAGCUAGUAGGCAUGCUUCGAGGGAUCGCAUCUGGCAUGAAAUAUUUGUCAGAUAUGGGUUACGUCCAUCGAGAUCUAGCUGCUCGUAAUAUCCUCAUCAAUAGCAACUUGGUAUGCAAAGUCUCAGAUUUUGGUCUCUCUCGUGUACUGGAAGACGACCCAGAAGCUGCUUACACCACAAGGGGGGGCAAGAUUCCUAUCCGAUGGACAUCACCAGAAGCCAUUGCGUAUCGGAAGUUCACAUCAGCCAGUGAUGCAUGGAGCUAUGGGAUUGUUCUCUGGGAGGUGAUGUCAUAUGGAGAAAGACCAUACUGGGAGAUGUCCAACCAGGAUGUGAUUAAGGCUGUUGAUGAAGGGUACCGCUUGCCACCUCCUAUGGACUGCCCAGCUGCCUUGUAUCAGCUGAUGCUGGACUGUUGGCAGAAAGACAGAAACAACAGACCCAAGUUUGAGCAGAUUGUCAGCAUCCUGGAUAAGCUGAUCCGCAAUCCCAGCAGUCUGAAAAUAAUCACCAAUGCGGCGGCAAGGCCAUCAAAUCUUCUCCUGGACCAAAGUAACGUUGACAUUUCAGCCUUCCGCACGACAGGUGAUUGGCUCAAUGGUUUUCGGACAGGACAGUGCAAAGACAUUUUCACGGGCGUCGAGUACAGUUCCUGUGAUACAAUAGCCAAGAUUUCUACAGAUGACAUGAAGAAAGUUGGCGUUACAGUUGUGGGGCCUCAAAAGAAGAUUGUUAGCAGUAUCAAAGCUCUAGAAACGCAUACAAAGAACAGCCCUGUUCCUGUGUAAGGUACCAAAAUGAUGUUGCUCAGGAGGAAAAAAAAAAGAGAAAAAUUGCAUCACAGGGCAAAAGUGAUGGCUGAUAAACGGCAGAAUUUAAAGGAGUUCUUUGCAACAGCUUUGGAAACACAAUGGUUGAAAUUUCAAACCCACUAAGACACUCAAAUAUUGAGUAUAAAUGCCUUAAAAAUAGGAGUGAACUUGUUUUCUAUCUGUUAAUCCUAAAGGGUGGGUGCUCUUGACUGACUAUUAAUGCAGAUAGUAAAUUUCAAAAGAAAAAAAUAUGUAAAAAAUCCUUCCAAGUAAAAACCAGUGAUCCUAAAACCUAGAGCCAUUUGCGUAUUAAGUGACUGAAUAACAUGAAAAAUCCAUGGACAUAAAAGCUGUGUAUUUGAUCUAUACAGCAAACAAGAAGAAAGAAAGACUUGCAGUAUUUUUAUACAGAAGAGAUCUGUAACAGGUAUUUUAUUUCUUUAAAAGCAAGGAAAAUAGAGGACUAUACCUCACUACCUGUCUGGCCAUAUUUACUAUAAUGUCAUUGUAACAUGCUAUUUCAACUUCAGAAAGGAAGGCAGAAAUAAAGCUUGUAGUGACUUUGAGUUAGUUGACAAAAGAUUUUCACCAUUAUGUUAGCUUCCCUAAUUGUGUUCAUUUAAAUAGAAACAAGUCUUAAUUUUUAAAAGACUUAUUUAUUUCCUUUAUUUUUUUUCCAUUAUUGUUUAUAUUUAUGCUUAAAUACCUUAGUCUGGCUGUAUUAUUGCCAAGUGCCAAAUGUUAUCGAAACUUCAUUGGUUCAACCUGAGAAAUUGUCUGAGGGUUAAUUACUAGAUUAUUUUAUACUCGUAACAUCAUAUAUCAAAUACAGAAGGAAAGAAAGAUGGUCUUUUUUCCAGCUCUGACGCUAGACAAAGCAUCUGGACUUGCUGAGAUUCCUUCCAUUUGAUGUGAGUGGUAUUUUAACCCAGGCUUGAGUUCUGGCAGAGUUGUGUGCAUAUCGACCUCCAGAUCAGUAUCUGGCCCGCUCAGGUACAUAGAUCUCAUUUACUUCCCAAAGGCUUGCUUCCCUGUCAAAAUAAGGACUCCUGUUCUCUGGUGGUGUUCAGGUGGGAGAUUUGCCUAGCAAACAUUAAAAAGAGUCAGGGUUGCGUCCUGCAUUACCUGAGGAUGCUUUUUGAGUUCCCUGGGGAGCGGUCCACUUCUGGCUUCCCUCUGGCAGGCUCUGCUCCCGAUGCUGGGAACUGGGAGGUGUACUACCAUGUGGGCAGCCACUGGUAGUUACGCUGAGAUGCUGACUUACAGCCAGGGAUAAGUGGAUCGUUUAAAAGGAUGACUUAAGGUUGUGAAAUGGAACUUUGGAAUGUAAUUUUACGUGAGUCUGAGCUAGAAGACAUCUGCCCAGGCGCUGCCAUCCUGCAGGAGCUUUGCUUUUUGGCACAGAUUCCUUAGGCACCUGUUCCUUGAAAGAAAGCAGAAAGGAGCCUAUCUUUAGGAGAGCAUUCACAUUUCCUGCUGGAAAAAGGAGCCUAGAAAGUGGGAUUUGAGAGUCCUCCCCCAUCUUCAGCAUCUUCCCAAAGAGCAAGCUCUUAAGUUGCUGCUCCAGAGCACGUUGGCCCCGGUUCUGAGCAGACACGACUCUGCUCUGAAAAUGGGUGGUCUAAAUCACAGUGUGAGGCACUUCUUGUGCUACCUACAGACGAGCUUCUUAACGCUCUAGAUGUGAUGCCAGGCACGCAGACGUCAAGCUUUGGGCACUAGUGGAAACCACUCUGAAUCCCAACUUGCCAUGCUGAAAUCUAAACCUGAUUCUGAUGAGUAACAGUGAGUCCCUGUAAGUCCAAGACUGCGUGGGAGGCAGGUGACUGUAUGGCACACCGCCUUUCGCUGUGCCUGCAAAAGCAGGUAACUAGUUGUGCUUUCUGUGUUGUAUUCAUUGGGUUUUGAAGCUCCAUGUAGCACAGGGCACAUAAGUAAGGGAAGAGUCAGUUCCUAGGAUUUCUGUGGCUGAAUCAGCUUUUAAAUUGUUCUUCGUGGGUCCAGGACUUAUAAAAUGUAGAGAGACAACGUUUAUCACAUAUUGCUAAAUAGAAGCAGAAUUAGAGACUUUUUAAUGAGUGCUGGCAGUGAGCAUGCUGUAAAGGACAGGAUUUGAAGCACACUCACAGGAUAAUAAUUAGUGAUAUUUUCUGAAAGAAAAAUAAAGGGGUUUUAAAGUAAAUUGAAAUAAAAAAUGAAAAAUGGAAGAAAAGUAAAAUGAAGUACUUAAGAAGUAAAGAACACUUCUUAUCUGCCACAAUCUAUCGUGAAAUGCAGCACACUGAAUAGAAAAGCUGUAUUUUCCGUUGCUUAGUUCAUUCAGAAUCUUCCUUUUCUUCAGUUUGAGAUUGCUCUAAGUCAGACAUAGUUAGUGACUUGAAGUCACCAAAAUCCAUUUGCAGACAUUGUCUAUGUGGGUACAGCUUUUUAUAACGUAUUCCUCCUGACGUUUCUCUUCAGCUUCAUUCUGCCG